AUGGCGCAAGAACUUCGGAAGUCGGCGCACUACAAGGUGGACAUCGAUGCAUUCAGAUCCCUGGGUCUCCGAACAAGGCUAACCACAGGAGUUUUAUGCUGGCUACACCUUAUCUGGAGCGGUCGUCCAAAGGCAGAGCGAGGGGACGCGGAUGACGCCUUUGACAGCCGAAACGGCAUCGUGGGACGACUGCAGUGUCUGCCGCAGGGCAUCAGCGAUCGUCUAAUGAGCCUACGUCUGCCUCUACGGGGAGGCAAAUUCGCCAUCACCAUCAACGUCUACGCCCCGUCGAUGACCCACCGUGACGGCGCAAGGGUCAAAUUCUACGAGGACCUGCACGAACUCCUACCGAUUACGUCGAAGGCCGAUAAUUUAAUCGUACUCUCUGACUUCAACGUCCUCGUCGGCACACACCGUGCUGCCCGGAAAGGAGUGCUGAACCUUUCAUGA